GCCGGGGGUGUCACAGCCAAGCCGGGGCUCUCCGGCCCGCCCGAUGUCGCGCUCUGGGGGGCUCCGGCAGCGCCGCAGCGCGGGGUCCCGGCCCAGCCGCCCUCCUGCUCCGCUGCGUGCGUGUGUUCGCCGCGGGGCAGGGAGGAGGCGCGGGCCGGCGGCACGGGCGGGUGUGCCCCAGGGCUGACCCGGGGGGCAGGGGCUUGAGAGGGCAUCGUGCGCCCGGGGAGCUGUGCCAGCGGAGCGGCUGUGGCCUCGGGAGGAGCGUCACCAGCCUGAGCUCAUCUCGGCCACCUAAUCCAGGCCAAGGAGUGCCAUAAAACCCGCCCUGUGCAAAUAAGAGGCCUCUGGGACCGAGCAGGGCCGGCUCCCUUCCCCCUCCCUGCCAGGAGGGAGCCUGAGUGGCUUUCCCAGCGCUCAGGGGAAAUUGGGGCCAAGCCUGGAUGAAGGUGCUGGGGCUGGGGAGCUGGAAGGAGCCGGGGCCGCAGGAGGAAGGAAAUCCUGCUGGAUUAGAGUGGCUUUCCUGACAUCUAAACAGAGCUCAGUGCUGCCUGCUGAGCCAGCAGGAGUGGGCCGAGGGUGCUGGUCCUGCCCUGAGGAAUGGCUGCAGAUGUCCAGAAGAAGAAAAGCUGGGAAGUGCCCAACGGGUCCCUGGCGCCGGGAGACGGGCAGCAUGCGGAGCGGUCCGAGAGCCCCACGCCGGGGCUGGCACAGGGGACAGAGCCAGGGGCAGGCCAAGAGGGAGCCAUGUUCGUGCACACCCGUUCCUAUGAGGACUUGACAAGUCCCGAGGACGGGGCAGCCACAGUGCGGAGCCCAGAGGAGGGGCGGGGGGAGCCAGCCGAGCCCAGCAGCAUGGAGCAGAUCAGCAAGGACUUCAGCGAGCUGAGCACACAGCUGACGGGCAUGGCCCUUGACCUGGAGGAGGAGAUGAGGCCGAGCAAGGAGGGGAAGCUGGAGCCGUCCCCGCAGACCACCCGCCGCGACUCGGUACUGUCCAGCAAGGAGGAGGAAGACGUGACCAUGGAUGCCUGGCGCAUGCACAGGAAGCACGUCUUUGUGCUGAGCGAGGCGGGCAAGCCCGUGUACUCUCGCUAUGGCUCUGAGGAGGCCCUCUCCAGCACCAUGGGCGUCAUGAUGGCCCUGGUGUCCUUCCUGGAGGCUGAGAAAAAUGCCAUCCGGUCCAUCCAUGCAGAUGGCUACAAGGUGGUCUUUGUGCGGAGGAGCCCUCUGGUGCUGGUGGCAGUGGCACGGACCCGGCAGUCGGAGCAGGAGAUCGCCCACGAGCUACUCUACAUCUACUACCAGAUCCUGAGCCUGCUCACCUGGACCCAGCUCAACCACAUCUUCCAGCAGAAGCAGAACUACGACCUGCGCAGGCUCCUGGCUGGCUCAGAGCGCAUCACCGACAACCUGCUGGACCUCAUGGCCCAUGACCCCAGCUUCCUCAUGGGCGCUGUGCGCUGCCUGCCCCUGGCAGCCAGUGUCCGGGAUGCUGUCAGCACCAGCCUCCAGCAGGCCAAGGCCAAGAGCCUGGUCUUCUCCAUCCUCCUGUCAGGGAACCAGCUGGUGUCUCUUGUGAGGAAGAAGGAUCAGUUUCUCCACCCCAUUGACCUCCACCUGCUCUUCAACCUCAUCAGCUCUUCUUCCUCCUUCCGGGAGGGUGAAGCCUGGACUCCCAUUUGCCUCCCCAAGUUCAACUCCAGCGGCUUCUUCCAUGCCCACAUCUCCUACCUAGAGCAGGAUAUGGACCUGUGCCUCCUACUGGUCUCCACCGACCGUGAGGACUUCUUCACCGUCUCCGACUGUAAGCGGCGCUUCCAGGAGCGCCUGCGGCGGCGGGGUGUGCACCACGCUCUGCAGGAUGCCCUGCGCACCCCAUUCUACAGCGUCGCCCAGGUGGGCAUCCCCGACCUCCGGCACUUCAUCUACAAGUCCAAGAGCUCUGGACUCUUCACCAGCCCCGAGAUUGAGGCACCCUACGUGCGGGAGGAGGAGAAGGAAAGGCUCCUGGGGCUCUACCAGUACCUUCAUAGCCGGGCUCACAACUCUUCACGGCCCCUGAAGAACAUCUACUUCACGGGCCCCAGGGAGAACCUCCUGGCGUGGGUAACCAGCGCCUUUGAGCUCUACAUAUGCUACAGUCCCCUGGGGACCAAGGCCGGCGCCAUCAGUGCUGUCAACAAGCUCAUGAAGUGGAUCCGCAAGGAGGAAGACAGACUCUUCAUCCUCACACCCCAGACAUACUGACAGAUGUUGCCCAGGGCAUGGUGCCAGCCAGGGGAGCCCCUGCGGUGCCGGGGUGCCUGUCCCCCAGAAAAGCUUGGGCCAUGAGUCCAGGGGAGAGGGCAUGGUGGGACCCCAGAGCUUGGGGAAACCCACCCAUGGGACUGUCCAACCUGGAUGUUAGAGCCAGAGCGCACAGCUGCUUGAGAAAGGGGUGAGCAGGACUUUCAUCCGCAGGCAAUGCCCCUCUCUGGGGGGGCUGCCCUUCCUCUGUGGCCCCUGGCCCCAUUCCUCCUUAUGGAUGUCAUGGAGCAGGGCUCCUGGUACCUCGGGUUGCUGGAGGGCAGCUGAGCCCCUGGGCCUGGCACCCUCCUCUCUGCUGUCCUGGGGCUGUAAUGAGGGUGGGUGUCCCUGGGGAAAUGUGGCAGCACUCAGGGGACCCCUAUGCUGCUGUCCCUGCAGGUGGUGGGUGAUACCAGCCAAGUGGGGGACAGGGCUGGCCCAGGGAAUGCACUGCUCCUCUCCCUGCCCUGGGGGAGCCAGAGCCCCAAGUGCCAGGCAGCCCCUGGCAGUCCCACAGCUGUCCCCAGCAGGUUCCAUUCCCUUGGCAUCUGUGUGAGCCUGGACCCUUCCCGCCGUGACCUAGGGACACUGGCAGGCAGGGUGGCAGGUCAGCCUGCCCUGGCCAGGGCAGCGGCGUCCUGCUUCCUCCCCCACAAGCACAGAGCAGCCCCAGAGAGGCUUGGAGUACCAGGGUGCUCAUCGUGGUGCUUGUGGGCUCAGUGCUAGCUCCCGGGCAGUGGACCCUACAGGGUCAGCUCAAGCACUGCCCCCUGGACAGCCCCCCGGCAUGGGGUGCUGGUGAACCCCAGCCCGAGGAGGGUCUUCCCCUUGAUGCAGGGGCACCUGCCCCCAAACCCAGCCCCUUGAGCCAGCUGCGCUGAGCUUGCUGCAUGGGGCCACCUCCUCACCAGCCGUCCCCAGGCACCGGUGUGGGGCUGAGCACCCAUGAAUGCUGCUGCACACCAGGCAUGGCCUGACCCCGUCUUUUGGGGCUGCCUGAUUGGUGCUGGGAUGGGUGUUCAAGGAGGGGCAAAGCCACCGGGGUGGCACCGAGACACCGAGGGAGAUGGGAAGGACCCGUCAGGGCUAGUGCAGGGACUAUUCUCCUGUAUUUAUGCUCCUGCCAGAGUGUAAUUGCUUGUCUUUGCUCAUAAACAUUAUCUGGACCCUAA